AUGAGUCCAGCAUUUCUCCUGUGGUGCCUGGUUCUGUGCUCUAGCAGCUGCGUAGUGGUCUACUCACACAUGCCUAUGGAGGACAGGAGCCAUGGCAAUGAGUCAUCUUCACCCAGUUUACAGACACAGAACUCCACAAAUGAGCCUCCCGUGAUUGUCAUAGAAUUGACCAAAGCUAGUAAGAAGAAUAAAAAAUCCGAAAAGAAACCAAGAAAGAACAAGUUUAGCACCAGGAGUAAAAGACCGCCGCCGCCAGCCAACUGCGUGCCACUCUGGGGAAGCUGCAAGUCACCGAACGCAGUCUGCUGCGAGUAUUGCGCCUUUUGCCACUGUCGCCUUUUCAAGACGGUCUGUUACUGCCGGAUGGGGUAUCCGCGAUGCUGA